GAGAAGCUGCAGCAGGAGAUCACUGAUCUGAGGAGGAAAGACGCUGAGCUGGAGCAGCUCUCACAAACAGAGGACCACACCCAGUUUCUGCAGAACUACCCAGAGCUGUCAAAUCUCACUGUCCGUAAAGACUCAUCCAGAAUCUAUAUCCGUCCUGUACGAUACUUUGAGGAUUUGACAACAGCUGUGUCAGAGGCCAGAGAUAAACUGCAGGACUUUCUCCCUGAUGUGUGGACCAAGAUCUCAGAGACUGAAGUGGAUGUUUUACUGCCACAACCUCUUUCCAAGACCAGAGACAAACUCUUAAAGUAUUCACAUGAAAUCACACUGGAUCCAAACACAGCACAUAGAUGGCUGUCAUUAUCUGCCAGUAACAGGAAAGUAACAAUGAUACAGAAUCCAGUUAUUCGAAUUAAAAUGAUGUAUUUCCUUGAAUCAGAUCCAAACAUUGACAUCCACAGCCUUCAAGUCCUGAGCAGAGAGAGUCUGACUGGACGAUGUUACUGGGAGGUGGAGUGGAGAGGGCGUUCAGUUUCAGUUGCAGUGACAUACGGUUGUAUGAGCAGACCAGUGUCUGAGAGUGAAUUUGGGAAUGAUGACACGUCUUGGGGGCUGUAUUAUUAUAGUGAUCAUUAUGAAUUCAGACACAAAGACAUCAGAACUCGUGUCUCAGGCCCUCAGUCCUCCAGAGUGGGAGUGUACCUGGAUCACAGUGCAGGUAUUCUGUGCUUCUACAGCGUCUCCGAGACCAUGGCGCUCCUCCACAGAGUCCAGACCACAUUCACUCAGCCACUCUAUGCUGGACUUGGGUUUUAUCAUGGUAUCUGUGCCGCUGAACUGUGUGAGCUCAAGUAG